CUGCUGCCACUCACUCCUGACAGUUCUGUCUUCCAGCUUCUCCACCAGACGGUGCAGCUACCAGCCCUCAGCUACCGCCAGACAGAGGCACACUCGGGGACACCCCUAAAUGCCCCCAAGUCCUCGGGCGCUGGACCCCUGCGGCUUUGCGCCCCGUCCCAACCUCUCCUCCCUCUGACCUGUUUCCCAUCUGACUCUUGCCCUGCAGCAACUUCUGAGCAGGUGACAACACGAGCGGGGGCUACAGGAGUUCCCGCCUGACGUCCUCGGACCUAACUUGUAACUAAGCAAAGAAGACGCGGAGUCUUUGCGUAAGUGCUGACAUGGAGCCGUUGUCAUCAGUAGGCAGACCUGUGCAGAUCACUGUGACAGAUGGAUAUGAUCUGAAAGGUUUUAAAGGGGACACUCCAGUCACCUUUAUUCGAGCAGAAUUCAAUAAUGUGAUUCUGGGAGACUCUGCCAAGGUGACAGUGUCUCCAGAAGGAACCGCAAAAUACAACUUCACUAGCAGUUUUGAGUUCAGUCCUGAAGGCGGAAUCACUUUAGAUGACCUCGCCCACAAACCUGUGUUCUUAACUAUGACUGAAGUUUUACCAAAGGAAAAGAAACAGAAAGAUGAGAAGACUUUAGUUCUUGCUCAAGCUGUGGUGGAUCUUCUUCCUUUAAUAGAAGGAGAGACUUCAUUUGAAACUAUGGUCCCAUUGCACCCUGUGCCAGGGUCACCUUUAGAAUCUCUUCGAUCAACUGCAAAGUGCUGUCUUGAAGUCAAAGUAUUUGUGGCAGAGGCCUUACUGACCUCAUCGCAGAUUUUAGGAGGCAAUCUACUGAAGGUCACCCUGGAGGCUGCCUACUCUGUGCCUGAGUCCUUCGUUCCGAUAGGGUCUCUGCAGAAUUACAUGGUUGGCCUGCAAGUUCCUUCAGCUGGAGAGAAAGACUACCCCAUUUUCUUCAAGAAUGGAACUGUGAAGCUUGGAGGGGAGAGAGAACCUGUACCCCGACCCAAAAAAUGGCCUAUUGCCAACAUUCUUGCUCCAGGAGCUAAUAACAUUCCUGAUGCAUUCAUUGUUGGUGGUCCUUAUGAGGAAGAAGAAGGAGAACUCAACCGCCCUGAGGACAGGGAAUUUAGAAACCAAGCAGAAUGCAUAAAGAAAAGAAUAGUUUGGGACUUGGAAAGUCGCUGCUACCUUAAUCCUCAUGCAGUGGUAAGUUUUCAAAAACGAAUUGCUGACUGCAGAUUGUGGCCUGUUGAGAUCACAAGAGUUCCUCUGACCCCUGCACCUAAAGGGAAAACUACCAAAUUUGAUAAGAUUGAUGAUGAAAAUCAGCUCUCAUUUCAUGGUGUGGCUUAUGUCAAUAUGGUUCCAUUGCUGUAUCCAGGGGUAAAAAGGAUUCGGGGAGCUUUUCAUGUUCACCCUUACCUGGACAGUAUAGUCUAUGAAAAGACCAAGUGUUUAUUUAGCCUGUUCCGGGAUACUGGCCACCAUUUGAAUAAUAAAGCGGGAGGAAUUAAUUCUCCAUUGUCUAAAUCAGUUAUUCCUAAGAGUAUAAAAGAAGAUAAAACAGUCAAGGAAAAGGAUGUAGAAGGAAAACCGAAGCCUAUGGAAAUGCAGGCACCUAGUAUAAAAUCUCAGAGCUCAGACACCCCUUUGGAAGUUGAAAUCUCUACACCCCACAAUCCAGAAGGACAGCAAUAUGUAGAAGCAGGGACAUACAUUGUGUUGGAGAUCCAGCUAGACAAGGCCUUGGUUCCAAAGCGAUUGCCAGAGGAGCUAGCCAAAAGGGUCAAAGAAAUGAUUCCUCCAAGACCACCUCUUACCCGUCGGACAGGAGGCGCUCAAAAGGCGGUGAGUGAUUAUCACGCACAGAUCAAGAACAUUUCAAGAGCCAUUCUGGAUGAGUAUCACAGGAUGUUUGGAAAACAAAUGGCUAGUACGGGAAAUGAUUUGGAUAAUGAAACCCUAGAUGAACAGAAGUGCCAACUCAACUAUGAACUUAAUUACUCUGGAAAAUACUUUGCUUUCAAAGAACAACUCAAGCAUGCUGUUGUAAAGAUUGUGAGAGAAAAGUACUUGAAGACAACAUCAUUUGAGAGUCAGGAGGAACUACAGGCCUUUAUUAGUGAACUGUAUGUGUUCCUAGUGGAUCAGAUGCAUGUGGCCUUAAACCAGACCAUGUCAGACGAUAUCCAAGAUGCCGUUUCAACCAUUUAUACAAGUAGUGAACAGCUUCGAUUCUUUGCGUUUGAAGCAGAAGUCAACGAGAACUUUGAUAUGGCCAGAAUGUAUUAUGAAGAGAGGCUGGUCCGUGAGCCCCAGAACCUAGAACACUGGCUGGAUUAUGGUGCCUUCUGCCUCCUAACUGAAGACAAUAUCAAAGCACAGGAAUGUUUUCAGAAAGCCCUUUCCCUCAACCAAAAUCAUAUUCACAGCUUGUUGCUUUGUGGUGUCCUGGCUGUCCUGAUGGAGAAUUAUGAACAAGCAGAAAUUUUCUUUGAGGAUGCUACCUGCUUAGAACCAACUAAUGUUGUAGCCUGGACUUUACUUGGUUUAUACUAUGAAAUUCAAAAUAACGAUAUUCGAAUGGAAAUGGCAUUUCAUGAGGCCUCCAAACAGCUUCAGGCACGUGUACUUCAGGCACAAGUGCUGAAGCAGAAGAGCAACGGUACUGUGGAGUAUGAAGAGGGGGGGAAUAUCGAAUCCAGUCCAGGGCCUUGGAGAAUGCCCAGUGCCUCUUCUACAACAGCAAUGAAAAUGGAAGGCUCAGGAGGAGCUACGUUAUCCAUUCUAGAUGAAUUUCUUGAAGAAUCUUCCAAAUUGCAGUCUGAGUCACAAGAACCCCUUUUCACCGAUCCAAGUGUCAGUCAAAAACCAUCCAACCAGUAUAUCAAGGAUAUUCUAGAAAAAAAAGAUACAUCAAAAUGUCAAGAUUCAUCAGUUUGGCUACAUCUCAACUCUACCAAUAUCUCCCAAAGUCAUGUCACUAUCUUCAUGGAGACUAUACGUUUCUUGAUGAAGGUCAAUGCUGUGCAGUACGUGCACAGAGUGCUUGCACAUGAGCUGCUGUGCCCACAAGGAGGCCCGAGCUGUGAGUAUUAUCUGGUGCUGGCACAGACACAUCUUCUCAAAAAGGACUUUGCUAAGGCAGAGGAAUACCUUCAACAAGCAGCCCAGAUGGACUACCUGAACCCCAAUGUCUGGGGUGUGAAGGGCCACCUCUAUUUUCUGAGUGGAAAUCAUGCUGAGGCCAAGGCGUGCUAUGAGCGCACCAUUAGUUUCGUAACGGAUGCUUCUGAAAUGCACUUCAUCUUCCUUCGCCUGGGGCUCAUUUAUUUGGAAGAAAAAGAGUACGAAAAGGCGAAGAAGACCUACCUGCAAGCCUGCAAGAGAUCACCUUCAUGCCUUACCUGGCUCGGAUUAGGAAUCGCCUGUUACCGGUUGGAGGAACUCACAGAGGCUGAAGAUGCUCUCUCUGAAGCCAAUGCACUGAACAACUGUAAUGCUGAAGUCUGGGCAUACCUAUCUCUGGUCUCCUUAAAAGCUAAACGCCAACUAGAAGCUGAGCAGGCCUACAAGUAUACAAUGAAGCUGAAACUGAAAGACGAGGCUCUGCUUGCAGAGAUCCACAUGGUACAGGAGACAGUUGGCUUUGGAAAUCCAUCUUUUUAACACCUUUUCAGCUUAAGAAUUUUCUAUGAGGCUUUGAGGUAUUUUCCUUCCCACAGAAAUCAAACCCUAAAAGGUUCAUCAUAUGAAGCCUGGAGAUGAAGAACAGAAGGCUAUUUGCCAUAAACAGAAGCUCUUAUUUUGUUUCCUAACCCUGCAUUACUGGAUGCUUUACUCAUUGAUAGUUAACUUUCUGAUAAUAAAAAAUGAAAACAAGAGAUUCAAAAUCA